AUGGAGGACGACGCAGAAUCAGAACCGAUCGCUGCAGUAGUCGAACAGAACGGCGAUGCUGUUGCACAUAAUUCGCACACACUUCAGGAGGCAGAACAGGACCAUGAAUUUGAGAUAAAGGAGGGGGCCCAGCAGCAUAUCGACAAUGAGAAUGGACCACAAGAUGAGACGAACGAGCGCCCUACCGAUUCCAUUGCUGAGCCGUCGACGGAUUCCACAGCAUCGCCCGCCCCAACGUCGCAGCCCGUCACCGAAGCCUCAACUCCUGCGCCCGAUACGCCUCGGCAUCGAACAGAUUCUACGUCCACGACGGCCACGAGAUCGUCUGCGCGAUCAACGAGAAGUAGCAUGGUGUUUGUGGUGUCUGCGCUGGAGAGCAUUGCAGCCUCGAAAGAUGCGAGGAAGAAGAAGCCGCUCCUGGACUCGACCCAGCGGGCAUUGUCAGCGAUCAGGAGCGCACAAGGAGAUGCGUCGCAAAUAAAUCCAGAGAUCAUGUUCGAGCCCUUGAACCUGGCUACAGAGGCCUCGACGGUGUCAGUGGUCGUGACAGCUCUGGAUUGCAUUGGGAAACUGAUCAGCUAUUCCUACUUCUCGGCGCCUCCUGUGACUGAGUCGCAGAACGGAGUGCCAGAACAGCAGAAGGUGCCUUUGAUUGAAAGAGCUAUUGACACAAUAUGCGAUUGUUUUCAAGGGGAGGCAACGCCAGCGGACGUGCAAAUGCAGAUCAUUAAGAGCUUGUUGGCAGCCAUCUUGAAUGACAAGAUUGUGGUGCAUGGUGCUGGCUUGCUUAAGAGCGUACGGCAGACAUACAACAUCUUCUUGUUGAGCAAGCACAAUUCCAACCAGCAGAUCGCACAGGGCACGUUGAUGCAGAUGGUUGGUACUGUAUUCGAAAGAGUUAAGACGAGGCUCGCAAGCAAGACAGCUAGGCUAGGCGCUUCUGCAUCUGCCUUGACGAAUGGCGCAACAGACAUUCACUCGGAUGUGUCAUCCAAUGCACCCGGUGACGAGACGCCAUCUGUGCCGGAGGUAUCUACGCCGUCUGAAGAGAAGGAUGCCCAGCCGAAGAUGACACUGCAGACGUUCGAGACACGCCGCUCUUUCGACGAUGCCAGAAUCACUGACAGUGCCCCAACCACUGUGUCGCGAGCAAAGAAACACAAUAAGAGGCCCUCGCGAUCAGGGUCAGGGAAUGAGAUCCCCUCUAUCACUGUCCAAGGAGAAGGCAGCGAAGCCGUCACGGAGGACGACGAAGAAGACGAGAUAUACAUCAAAGAUGCAUUCCUGAUUUUCCGAGCCAUGUGCAAGCUGUCGACGAAAGCGCUUCGCCCAGAGGACGCUGUCGACAUCAAAUCGCAGGGCAUGCGUUCGAAGUUGCUCAGCUUGCACAUCAUUCAUACGAUCUUGUUCAACCAUCAUAUUGUGUUCACAUCGCCCUUUGCUACAAUACGGAGUUCGUCCAAUGGAGACCCAACGGGCUUCACUCAGGCUAUCAAGCAAUACCUCUGCCUGAGUCUAAGCAGAAACGGCGCGAGCAAUGUCAACAAGGUCUUUGAAGUCUCAGCCGAGAUCUUCUUCCUGAUGGUGAAGCACCUUCGAUCACCCCUGAAACGAGAACUGGAGGUGUUCUUGAAGGAGAUCUACAUCACGAUCCUCGACAAGCGGGCUGCGCCUGGGUGGCAGAAGAGUUACAUCAUCCAACGCAUCUUUUCAAAGAUCGGGUCUGAUCCGAAGGCGCUGGUUGAGAUAUAUCUCAACUAUGACUGCGACAGACAGGCAUUGGAUAACAUGUAUCAACGCAUGAUCGAACACGUCUCUAGGGUAGCCAGUCAACCGGUCGCGGUGAAUGGCCUACAACAACAAGCAUAUCUCGACACUCUCGCGAAGCAGAACGGCCCUUCCAAUGACUGGCGGGAGAGAGGAACGUUUCCGCCUAGCCUAGCGACCGCGAACGUGAGUCAGCCGAAUGAAGGAGAGCAACUUUUCCCUCCAGAGUAUGCCAUGAAAAUGCAGGGUCUGGAAUGCUUGGUGGAUACGUUGAGGAGCAUGGUGAACUGGAGUCGACAAAGCACAGCAGAGACGCCUACAAUAGCAGCCGACGCUGAUGGACGAUACUCCGUAGAUGACAUGCGCGAGAGCCUAGAUACUCGAGGCGAGGCUGGAGCCAGCGGCGCAUCAAUUGAUGGAGUCCCGCCUGCAACUCCUGGAUUAGGACCAAGCGACACGCCACUUGCUGAAGAUGAUCCAGCAGAGUUGGAGAAGAUCAAAGCGAGGAAGACUGCACUAAACAAUGCCAUCCGAGCUUUCAACUUCAAGCCAAAGCGUGGCAUCAAGUUGCUGAUAUCUGAUGGUUUCAUUCCUUCGUCGGAACCUGCAAGCAUUGCUGCGUUCAUGCUCAACAACGAUCGCAUCAACAAGAAGUCUCUGGGAGAAUAUCUGGGUGAGGGUGACGAAGAGAACAUCAAGAUCAUGCACGCUUUCGUCGACGGCAUCGACUUCAAUCGCAUGCGAUUCGUCGAUGCAGUGCGAAGAUUCCUUCAGUCAUUCCGCCUUCCGGGCGAGGCGCAAAAAAUCGAUCGACUCAUGUUGAAGUUCGCGGAAAGAUAUACAACCUGCAAUCCUAAUGCAUUCGCGAAUGCGGACACGGCGUACGUCUUGGCCUUCAGCGUAAUCAUGCUGAACACCGAUCAGCAUUCUGGCCAGGUCAAGCAACGAAUGACGAUCGAAGACUUCAUCAAGAACAACCGUGGUAUCAACGACGGGCAGAGUUUGCCAGACGAGUACCUUCAGGGCAUCUUUGACGAGAUUGCUCACAAUGAGAUCGUCUUGGAUUCUGAACGCGAGAAUGCUGCCAACAUGGGCAUGUUGCCUCAACAGCCGAACGGAAUAGUAAACGCUCUCGCUAACGUGGGACGCGACCUCCAGAGAGAAGCAUAUGCUCAAGCCAGCGAGGAGAUGAGCAACAGAACCGAGCAGCUUUUCAAGAGCCUCCUCAAGGCGCAGAAGAAAGCAGGCGGUCCAGCUGCGAUGGCCGCCAGCAAAGGCAGAUUCCUUACGGCAAGCUCGUCGAGACACGUCGGUCCAAUGUUCGACGUCACGUGGAUGAGUUUUUUGACCGCACUUUCUGGCUCGGCCCAGGAGACGCAGAAUCUCGAGACUAUCCGUCUCUGCAUGGAAGGCCAGAAGUUCGCCAUUCGCAUCGCUUGCACCUUCAACCUUGAGGACCCACGGCAAGCUUUCGUCUCAAGUCUGGGAACAGGCACGAAUCUUUACAAUCUCUCAGAGAUGAAGGCCAAGAAUGUCGAAGCGUUACGAACGCUCCUUGACGUUGCCUACACCGAAGGCAACUACCUCAAGGAAAGCUGGCGUGACAUCCUGACCUGCAUUUCUCAACUCGAUCGCUUUCAACUCAUCUCCAGCGGCGUCGAAGAGGGGGCAAUCCCUGACAUGCUCAAAUCACAAGCUGUCCCACAAAGUCCAUCUGUGAACGGUGGAGGCCGUAGGAGCGUGCAACUGGCACGAAGGCCAACAAAUCGCCCAGGAAAUAGCAGGACUUACCAAGCUGAGAUUGCCGAAGAAUCCAGGAGCGCGGAUAUGAUACGUGGUGUGGAUCGCAUAUUCACAAACACGGCAAACCUAUCUGGUGAAGCCAUUGUUGACUUCGUACGAGCGCUCACGAAAGUCAGCUGGCAGGAGAUCCAAUCGUCAGGGCUUUCAGAGUCGCCGCGAACUUACAGUCUUCAAAAGUUGGUGGAGAUCUCCGGUUACAACAUGCUUCGUGUGAGAUUCGAAUGGACGAACAUCUGGCAAGUGCUUGGACAACAUUUCAUCGAAGUCGGCUGCCACAACAACACUCAUGUGGUCUUCUUCGCGCUCAACAGUCUCAGGCAGUUGAGUAUGCGCUUCAUGGAGAUUGGAGAGCUGCCUGGCUUCAACUUCCAGAAAGAUUUCCUCAAGCCAUUCGAGUUGAUCUUGAGCAAUGCUUCGCAAGUUGCUGUGAAGGACAUGGUGCUGCGCUGCCUCAUCCAGAUGAUCCAAGCUCGUGGCGACAUGAUCCGUUCGGGAUGGAGGACCAUGUUCGGCGUGUUCACUGUCGCAGCGAAGGAGCCUUACGAGGCCAUUGUCAAUCUCGCGUUCGACAACGUAACACAGGUAUACAACGAGCGCUUCGGUGUGGUCAUCUCGCAGGGCGCCUUCGCUGACUUAGUGGUUUGCCUGACUGAGUUCAGCAAGAACAUGAAGUUCCAGAAGAAGAGCUUGCAGGCUAUCGAGACACUCAAGUCGACGGUACCCAAGAUGCUUCGCACACCCGAGUGUCCCCUGUCGCAAAAGGCAGCGGGAGCAAAGGACGCACCUCAAGCGGACGGCAUCCCCAAGCAGCCGACUCGACAGACCCAGGAAGAACAAUACUGGUUCCCAGUGCUCUUCGCGUUCCACGAUGUGCUCAUGACGGGAGAAGAUCUUGAAGUACGAUCUCGGGCAUUGAACUACCUCUUUGAUACCCUCACCAAGUAUGGUGGAGACUUCCCACGAGAUUUCUGGGAUACCCUGUGGCGACAGUUGCUCUACCCGAUCUUCAUGGUGCUCAAGGACCGAAAAGCGAUCAAUCAUGAGGCCGUCAACCACGAAGAGCUCUCAGUCUGGCUGUCCACGACGCUCAUUCAGGCUCUCAGGAACAUGAUCAGCUUGUUCACGCAUUUCUUCGACAGCUUGGAGUACAUGCUUGAUCGUUUCUUGGACCUGCUUGCUUUAUGUAUCUGCCAGGAGAACGAUACUUUGGCACGGAUCGGCAGCAACUGUCUACAACAACUGAUCUUGCAAAACGUCAAGAAGUUCACGCCUGAUCACUGGGAGAAGAUCGUCGGUGCCUUUGUGGAUCUUUUCGCGAGGACAGAGGCGAAGGAGCUCUUUUCGGCGGCGACGUCCUCGUCAUACCAGAAGGACAGCUCAUACUCCAACGGACACGAGACACCCAAGACUCCUUCAGCACUCGAUGAUGGUUCGAUGAUGUCUGCAAAUGCACUGAAGAUCAAUGGCCUCGACAGUGACAGCGCCACUUUGAACGGAGAUGGUUCAUCAAUGCUGCGAACGGACACCUCUACCACAUUGUCGUUAUCUGACGGAGAUGAGCGCAGUCCCUCGCCUGCACCAAGGAAGCAAUCCGAGCUGGAAGACUUCGCAGCACCGCCGCCGAAACAGCAAGCCCCAAUUGUCGUCACCGCCGCGAGAAGACGCUACUUCAACCAAAUCAUCACGAAGUGCGUGCUUCAGCUGCUGAUGAUCGAGACAGUCUCAGAGCUGUUCAACAACGACGCCGUGUACGCCUCCAUCCCCUCUCACCUCCUCCUACGUCUGAUGGCACUCCUCAAGAAGUCGUACCACUUCGCCAAACGCUUUAACGAAGACCGCGACCUCCGAACAAGACUUUUCCGAGAAGGCUUCAUGAAACAGCCCCCGAACCUGCUCAAGCAAGAAUCCGGCAGUGCUAGCGUCUACGUCCUCAUCUUGCUGCGCAUGUACGCCGACCAAUCCGACGAGCGCGCCGCCUCGCGGCCGCAGACCGAAGCCGCACUGAUCCCGCUCUGCAGCGACAUCAUCGCGUCGUACAUCGCCCUGGACGAGGAGACGCAGCAACGCAACAUCGUCACGUGGCGGCCGGUGGUGAUUGAUGUUUUGGAGGGGUACACGUCGUUCGCGGACGCGGAAUUCGACAAGCAUAUCGAGACGUUUGCGCCGCUGGCGGUGGGGCUGAUGAACCGCGACAUGGGGCCGGAGUUGCAGAGGGCGGUGCAGGGGCUGUGGCAGAGGGUUUGCGAGGUGAAGUUGGGGAUGGAGAAGUUGCCGGAUGUGCCGAUGGUUACGCCGACGAGUCCCAGGGCGACGGUGUUUGGGCCGCGGAGGGGGAGUAAGCAUAGUCGGUGA